UUAAUGCAACGCCAAGUAUGAACGGGGAGAGGAACGGGAGUUUAGCGCCGGUCGGAAAGGCGAACAAGAGCACAUCAACGGUCCUUCCAUCAGCAGUUGGGCAUCAUUUUUGGACACGUUCGAAAAUGAAAUGUGCGUUCACGUUUCUGUGUGCCAUGGGCCUUUUCUGUAUUAUUGUUUACGAAUUAUACAACUGGACAUCAGUAUUGGAGCAAUAUGAGUCCCCUCACAAAGAAGUUACCGUAGAUGAAAUCAUGCUCGCAUUAUCAUGGGCAGCUUCACCUGCCAACUUCACGUCUAUCACGAGCUCUUCCAGUGCUGAGCGCAGUGUGGUCAGACUAGAGCACCCUGAGGCCCAGUACUGUGUGGGGGAUACACUGAGUGUGCUGGUGGAGAUGAAGAGUUACGCAGGGCACCCAAAAGCCCAUGGCGGGGACUUCAUUCAGGCCCGGAUCCUCUCUCCAAAGCUCAAUGCAGGCGCUUCGGGAGACGUCACCGACUUCCUCAACGGCUCCUACCUCGUGCGUUACCGCUUGUUUUGGCCCGGAGAGGUGCAGGUCUCCGUGCGCCUGAUCCACUCCUCCGAGACAGUCAAACUCCUCCAGAGAAACUGGACACAGGACUACAAUAAGGCUGUACACACAGGAACCUUCAUCAGCGGCGCGAAAAAGGAGACGUCUCUUUGCUCCCUACGGCUGGGCUCAGACAGACCCCUCUGUGAGUACAGGAAGAAGGAGGAUGGGGAAUAUUAUGCCUGCUACCGGCCCAAGACCCUUCCCUGCGACACCCUGGCACUCGCAAGUUCUGUCUAUCCCCGUGGCUAUCCUCGUCUGACAAAGGAAGAAGCUCAGCUGUUGGACAUGAAAAACUCUGGAAUAGAAAUAAAAAACGGCUUUCACCCUGUGACUGUCUUUCCUUGUACUGGUGCAACAUAUGGGUCAACGAAGAAGUGUGUGGCAGGAAUGAAUUCCCCUUUUCCUGGGGGAUAUUUAUUUUCAAACAGAUGGUCUUCUUCCUUCUGCCAGACAGGUUUCUUCCUCAGUGAAUAUGCCGUUACCAGAUGUUUAAAGGGAAAGACCCUCUACCUGUUGGGUGACUCCACUGCACGCCAGUGGAUUGAGUAUUUGGAACAAAGACUAAAAGGUAUGAAAUUCACACUCAAAGGGGCUGAUUUACAGUUGGCUGUUGAUGCCAAUAACAACAUCACCAUCCGGUGGAUAAGGCACGCUCAUCCCUGGGUUGCCACUUACCAAAGCUCCGUAAAUGCGUCCGUCACCAUUCCUGAAGCCCUGGACAGCAUAGCAGUAGUUGGUGGCGGGCAGGAGGAUGUGAUCGUGGUCAUUGGAACUGGUCAGCAUUUCCGGCCCUCCCCCCCAGAAGUCUUUAUCCGAAGGCUCCUAAAUAUCCGCCGGGCGAUCCUGAGGUUACAAGCCCGCUGCCCCCAGGCACAAGUUUUUAUAAAGCUGGAGAACAACAGGGACAUCAAGUUAGGGAUGAUACGAUUCAGUAACUGGUAUGGCUACAUGCAGAACCUGGCCCAGAGGAAGGUGUUUGAGGACAUGAGAGUGGCACUGGUUGACGCCUGGGAUAUGACUGUGGCCACCUACAGUCUGAAACUCCAUCCAGAUAAUUUCAUCGUGUCAAAUCAGAUUGCUGUGGCCCUGUCGUUCUUCUGCGAUUAGACGUUGGUGCUCUCUGAACAGUUACACUGUAAUUGUAUGUUUUUGGUAAGGCUAAUGUUUUUUUCUUUUUUAAAUCCUGGAAUUUUUCGACAACAAUGAUGAGUCUUGGGUAUUAACUGUGUAAUCUACUACUUUAAUUUGUUUAUUUAACAAAUUAUCAAGUGCAAAAUCAAAUCUACUACAAUAUGAUGUAAAUAUGUCCAUGUCUUUGAAAAUAUAAUGUUUCUAUAUAUUGUGAUGUGAUCGUAAUUGAGUGCUGUAAUUUCUACAGUAUGUAAAAAAAAAACAACAAACCUUUAAUAAAAGCUGAGAAUCUGCACUUUAA